AUGUCUCACAGCCCACACGAUACUAGCUCUAAUGGAAGCGACGAUGACAUCAGUACUAUCAUGACGAGGCCUGAUCGCCGUUUCUCGGAAAUUGGGUCCACGCGCUCAGGGACCAUCAGUCGCCGACAAAGUAACAUAAACGAUGUCGAACUAGAGCGAAUCAAUACUUAUCGACUCCAACAUCGCUCAACCGUUGGCUCCGUUGCUGGAAUCACACCACGCGAACAGUGGCUCCCCCUCGGAGCUGGCAAGCCUCAUCCGCCAUCCCUCCCGGAUCCAGAACAAUACAUUGUCGAAUUCAACGAUGCAAACGAUCCCCUCCACCCCCAGAACUGGCCACUCAAACGCAAAAUCGGUAUAUCAGUGACCCUGGCAUACACAACCUUCGUUUCGUCUUUCUCUAGUGCCAUCUACUCCUCCGCGGUCGGACAAAUCAGUGGUCAUUUUCACAUCAGCACUGAAGUCGCUAUCCUCGGUGUGACACUAUAUGUCCUGGGAUUUGCUUCGGGUCCGACGAUAUGGGCACCGGCGAGUGAGCUCAUUGGAAGAAGAUGGCCAAUCUGCAUUGGCAUGUUCGGAUACUCCCUUUUCGCCAUCGCGGCAGCGACUAGCAAGGAUGUCCAAACCUUGAUGUUGACAAGAUUCUUUGCCGGAUUUUUCUCUGCUAGUCCGAUCGCUAUUGUUCCGGCCGUGUUUGCCGAUAUUUGGAAUAACCAGACGCGGGGUGUGGCUAUCGCUAUGUUCGCCAUGGCUGUCUUCGUGGGGCCUUUUGCCUCCCCGUUCACUGGUGGCUUCAUCACAAUGUCUCAUUUGGGAUGGAGGUGGACCAUGUACAUCUCGUCCAUCAUGGGAUGGCUUGCCACUGGUCUUUGUCUUCUUUUCUUGAAAGAAACCUAUGCACCUGCUGUCCUUGUGGAAAAAGCGGCCCUCCUGCGACGGCAGACGCAUAAUUGGGGAAUCCGCGCUAGACAAGAAGAGAUCGAGCUCGAUUGGGGCGAGCUGAUUACGAACAACUUCAGUCGGCCAUUCCGUAUGCUUUUUACCGAGCCAAUUGUUUUCCUGAUCUCUCUAUGGAUGAGUUUUGUAUAUGGCCUAAUGUACGCGCUUCUCAGUGCCUACCCGGUUGUGUUCCAAGGAAUCCACGGAAUGAACCUCGGUGUUGGAAGUCUCCCAUUCAUCGGAUUGAUUAUCGGCGAGGUUCUAGCUGGCGCCUAUAUCCUUUUCGAUCAGAGGUCAUAUACCAAAAAGCUAGCUGCCAACAACAACAUCCCUGUUCCGGAAUGGAGACUUCCUCCUGCCAUUCUUGGGGGCGUUUGCUUCUGUGUCGGGCUCUUCUGGUAUGGCUGGACUGGAUGGACAAAGUCAAUCCAUUGGAUGGCCCCCACCGCCAGCGGAGUGGUGACUGGAUUCGGCAUCUAUGUCAUCUUCCUGCAGUGCUUCAAUUAUUUGAUUGACUCCUAUUUGCCAUUUGCCGCAUCUGUGUUUGCUGCCAAUACCAUUAUUCGAUCAGCAGUGGGAGCUUCAUUCCCCCUGUUCUCGAAGCAGAUGUUUGUGAACUUGGGUGUGCAAUGGGCUGCCACGCUUCUUGGAUGUCUUGCACUUAUCAUGAUUCCGAUUCCCUUGUUAUUCAUCAAAUGGGGACCUGCAUUGCGUAAGAAGUCUAAAUUUGCUCCGGUCUUCGAGCCUCUUGCAGCAAACUCAGAGAAAGGGGAAGAGGCUGUCUAG